AGGACGUGCAAGAGGAGACCGCUGGAGAGGAGAGGGGAGGACAGAGUCCCCGAACCGGCACCGUUUCAUACAGAGUUUUAUUUAUUCAUUAUUAUAUUUUAACCUACUGUAAUGGCUCAGACAGACAACAAGAAGUUCUUUGAGAACCUGACGGGCGCUGGGAAAGCCAUAGCAGUGCUCACGAGCGGAGGAGAUGCGCAAGGAAUGAAUGCUGCUGUUCGGGCUGUGGUCCGAAUGGGAAUAUAUGUUGGAGCCAAAGUGUACUUCGUUCAUGAGGGAUAUCAGGGUAUGGUGGAUGGAGGCGACAACAUCAAGGAGGCGACAUGGGAGAGUGUGUCCAGCAUGCUGCAAAUGGGAGGCACUGUUAUCGGCAGCGCACGAUGCAAAGAUUUCCGCACGCACGAAGGUCGUCUGAAGGCGGCUCAUAACCUGGUGCAGAGGGGCAUCACUAACCUGUGUGUGAUUGGUGGAGACGGCAGCUUGACCGGGGCCAAUCUCUUCAGAGAGGAGUGGAGCGGGCUGCUGGCAGAGCUGGUCCAGCAAGGUCUGAUCGAUGAGGAGGCAGCUCAGAAAUACUCUGCUCUUCACAUUGUGGGCAUGGUGGGCUCUAUCGACAAUGACUUCUGUGGCACCGACAUGACAAUAGGAACAGACUCAGCCCUCCACAGAAUCAUCGAGGUGGUGGAUGCGAUCAUGACUACAGCUCAGAGUCACCAGAGGACAUUCGUGCUGGAGGUGAUGGGCAGGCAUUGUGGCUAUCUGGCAUUGGUGAGUGCCCUGGCAUGUGGAGCCGACUGGGUGUUGAUUCCUGAAAUGCCCCCUGAGGAUGGCUGGGAAGAGAAAAUGUGUCAAAAACUCUCUGCGAAACGGGCAGGAAUGAAAAGGCUGAAUAUCAUAAUAGUAGCUGAAGGUGCGAUUGAUCGUAACAACAAGGCCAUUACCUCAGACCAUGUAAAGAAUCUGGUGGUUCAGCGUCUGGGCUUCGACACACGCGUGACCAUCCUGGGCCAUGUUCAGAGAGGAGGGACACCCUCGGCAUUUGACAGGAUUCUGGCCAGUCGUAUGGGUGUGGAGGCGGUUCUGGCGCUGCUUGAGACCACUGCAAACACGGCAGCCUGCGUGGUGUCUCUGUGUGGGAACCAGUCUGUGCGGCUGCCCCUCAUGGAGUGUGUGCAGAUGACUCAGGAGGUGCAGAAGGCCAUGGAUGAGAAAAGAUUUGAAGAGGCCGUGAGGCUACGUGGCAGGAGCUUUGAGAACAAUCUGAAGACUUACAAACUGCUGGCUCACCGCAAACCAGAGUCCGAGCUUCCACACAGCAAUUUUAACGUGGCUGUGUUGAACGUGGGCGCCCCCGCCGCCGGCAUGAACGCAGCCGUGCGCUCUGCUGUCAGAGUGGGCAUCUCCGAGGGACACAAAAUGUUCGCUGUCAGCGACGGAUUUGAAGGAUUCCGUAAGGGACAGUGUGCUGUCCCCUGUGGUCCCCUGCUGUGUUGUGCUGACCUGCCAAAGGCCUUAGAGUGUCUGCUGCAGCUGUGUGAGGCUCGGUCCAGCUAUGAGGAGUUUUGCAUCCCGCUCUGUAUGCUGCCUGCAACCAUUAGUAACAAUGUGCCGGGCACUAACCUUAGUAUCGGGGCAGAUACGGCCCUCAAUGCCAUUGUGGAGGUAAGUGCCAUCUGUUGGUUAAAUGAAGAAACUCUUUUUCUUUUCUCUUUUCUUCAGUCUAACGUAGAGCACUUGACAGAGAAAAUGAAGACCAGCAUUCAGAGAGGACUAGUCCUGAGGAAUGAGAACAGUAAUGAAAACUACACCACAGACUUCAUCUAUCAGCUCUACUUAGGUGGUGCUCCUUCUCCAUUUGACCGUAACUUUGGGACCAAAAUCGCUGCCAAGGCCAUGCAGUGGAUCACCAAGAAGCUGAAUGAAAGCUACAGAAAAGAUGAAGGGAGAGUGUUUGCUAACACAGAAGACUCGGCAUGUUUGCUGGGCAUGCGGCAGCGUGCGAUGGUCUUCCAGCCUGUGGUUCAGCUCAAAGACAAGACCGACUUUGUUCACAGAAUCCCUAAGGAACAGUGGUGGCUGAAGUUACGUCCACUCAUGAAGAUCUUGGCCAAGUACAAGACCAGCUACGACAUAUCAGACUCUGGACAGCUGGAACAUGUGGUCCUCAACCGACCCAAAGAGUCUGAGGCCAUGGCUGCCAUUUAAACGCAUCCAAACAGUGGCGCUGUUCAAAGGUCACGCUUUAGACGGGCCGUCUGUCCUGCGAGCGCUGUCCUCGACACUUUUGAUCUCCGGGCCUCAGCACAUUGUUCUGUCAACACUUUGUUUGAAAAAUGUCACGCACAGAAAUCAAUGUUAAUCGU